AUGUCAUUUCCAUUUAAUCAAGGUGGUGGGAUAGGUGUAGGUGGAGUUCAUCAUAUAAAUAAUAAUAAUAAAAAUUGGAAAGCAAAAUCAACUCAACCUUCAUCUUUACCAUUAUAUUAUAAAGAUAAACCUCCUUCAAGUUUUAUUAAUCUAAAUAAUCCUCGUAGUAAAUCAUCAAAACGAAUCAUCAUGUUCUUCAAAGGGCUUAUAGGUGCUUUAGGGGUAUACAUCAUCUAUUCCUAUGUCAUUUCAAAUUCUUCAUAUUCAUUAUCAUCAUCAUCAUCAAAUACUUCCAAUAUAGAUUGGAAAGUUGCUCAACAAGAAGUUAAAGAUGUAAUGUUAGAAAGUUGGCAUACUUAUGAAAAAUAUGGUUGGGGUUAUGAUACUUAUCAACCCAUUAAACAAAAGGGGAAAAAUAUGGGUCAAAAACCAUUGGGAUGGAUGAUUGUUGAUUCAUUAGAUACUUUAAUGAUAAUGGAUGCAAAAGAAGAAGUUCAAAGAGCUAAAAAAUGGAUCAAAAAUGAUUUGGAUUAUAGAUUUAAUUAUAAUGUUAAUGUAUUUGAAACCACAAUUAGAAUGUUAGGUGGAUUAUUAUCUGCUUUCCAUUUAUCUAAUGAUGAUGUUUAUUUAGAUAAAGCCGUUGAUUUAGCUAAUGCAUUAGAAGGAUCAUUUAAUACUCAAACUGGUAUUCCAUAUAGUUCAGUUAAUUUAGAAUCAGGGAAAGGAAUUAAAAAUCAUGUUGAUGCUGGUGCUUCAUCAACUGCUGAAGUUGCAACUUUACAAUUAGAAUUUAAAUAUUUAGCUCAUUUAACUGGUGAAUCAUUAUAUUGGAAACGAGUUGAAAAAGUUAUGCAAGUUUUAGAAGCUAAUAAAGCUGAAGAUGGAUUAGUUCCAAUCUAUGUUAAUCCUGAUACUGGUAAAUUCCAAGGUCUGUUAAUUAGAUUAGGAUCAAGAGGUGAUUCAUAUUAUGAAUAUUUAUUAAAACAAUAUUUACAAACCAAUGAACAAGAACCAAUUUAUUGGGAUUUAUAUCAUGAAUCAGUGGAAGGAGUUAAAAAACAUUUAGUCCGUAAAUCAAAACCAAAUGGUUUAACUUUUAUUGGAGAAUUAGAAAGAGGUAUUGGUGGAUCAUUAUCUACUAAGAUGGAUCAUUUAGUUUGUUUCUAUGGUGGAUUAUUAGCUCUUGGUGCUACUAAUGGUUUAACUUUAGAAGAAGCUAAAUUAUCACCUGAUUGGAAUUCUGAUAAAGCUGAUGAUUUUAAAUUAGGAGCUGAAUUAACUAAAACUUGUUAUAAAAUGUAUGCUAAUGUUAAAACUGGAUUAUCACCUGAAAUUGCUGUGUUCAAUACUGAUUCAAAUGAAGAACAUGAUUUUUCAAUCCGUCAAUUAGAUAGACAUAAUUUACAAAGACCAGAAACAGUUGAAUCAUUAUUUAUCUUGUAUAGAUUAACCAAGGAUGACAAAUAUAGAGUUUGGGGUUAUGAAAUCUUACAAAGUUUUAUUGCUCAUUCUAAGAUUACAAAUUCUAAAGGUGAAGUUUCAUAUACUUGUUUAGAUGAUGUUACUAUCAUUCCACCUCCAAAAGCUGAUAAUGUGGAAUCAUUCUGGUGGGCUGAAACUUUGAAAUAUUUAUAUUUAUUAUUUGAUGAUACUAAUAAGAUUCCAUUAGAUAAAUAUGUGUUUAAUACUGAAGCUCAUCCAUUCCCAAGAUUUGAUUUGAAUGAUAAUUUAAAGACAGGAUGGAGAAGAUUUAUUGAAGAUAAAGAACCACAAAGGCCAGCCGCUGCCGCCAAUGCUGCCGAUGCACAAGUGCAAAAAGCCGCUCCACCUGUGAAUAAACAAAAACCACCUCCAGCUCAACCGGUUGAUAAAUCGGUUGAAAAGGAAGCUGAAGAAGUGAUUAAGAAGAAUCCUCAAUUAGCUAAAGAAGAGAGUAAAGAAGAACAACGAGCCAAAUUGAAUAAGAUUAUUCAAGAUAUUAAUUAG